CAUUUGGAGUGGUUUUAUUUAAUUUUUGAAUUAUUUUGAAAAAAACACAAUGGCAGAGCUCGUGCAGCGUCAUUUGGAGUCUAUGGCUGAAGAAAUAGAAGAAAUGAGGAGAACCAGAUUAUACACUCUUGAAGAAACCAGAUUAAUAUUAAAGAAUCGAAAAGAGUUUGAGUACAAAAUCAACGGCGUUUCGAAAAACUUACAGGAUUUUAUGGAGUACAUUACGUACGAGAAAGUGUUAUUAAAGCAGAUUGAGCAUCGACGGGACAAAAACACGAUUGCUGAACGAAAAAGUAGUAUCGAAUAUAAAAUUUUGCGAAGAAUAAAAAAUUUGUACGAGAUCGCAUUACAAAGAUUUUCUGGUGACUUUUCUUUGUGUUUAUCAUAUUUUAAAUUUUGUAAGCAGACACAUGACAUCAAUGCCGCUAAUAUUGCACUACAAACAAUGAUCAAGAAUUGUUCCCAAACCCCAGAAGUGUGGCAAGUGGCCGCUGCAUGGCACGCCCACGACCGCAAAGACCUCAACUCUGCUUUGAUCGCCUUAAAUAAAGGCUUGACUCUUCACAAAAACAGUCAGUUGUUGUAUACAGAAGCCAUAAAGUUGGAACUCUCUGUUAUCAAGAAUAACGCACCGGAAGAUACAGAACUGCAAAGAAGGGUGUGUGCAAAAAUAGAAACGUACCUCCAGCUUAUUUGUGUCCAUAUAAACGACUUUAAAUUUUUAAUCGAAAUUUUAAAUCUGCUAGAAUUAUACAGCUUUACAAAAAGCGUUCAAAAUUUAAUAAUAGACAAACUUUUGAAAAAUCACUCGGAGUCGGAGCUUGUUUGGGAUGCUUUAGCACAGCGAGAAAGAAGAGGAUUUCACUAUGGUCAAUCUAAUAGCGAACAAGCAAAUUCCAAAGAAGUUUGUUUAAGUUUGUGUUUCGCUAAAUAUGAGGAAGGUUUGAAGAAAGUUUCACCCUCUGAAAAAGCCAGUUUAUGGUCUGUUUAUUUAGAUUGCUUAGAGGAAGCAAGACUGGAAAAUAACCAACUACCAGAUAUCCUCAAAACAUUGAAAAUGGCACUUAAACAAGCCUCAGAUGAGAAUUAUUUACCCGAUAGGUAUUACAUCAAGUGGGUGGAACUGGCCAAUGAUAAAGAGGUCCUACACAUACUCGAAAAAGGAACUUCAGCAUUUCCCGAAUCCAUCGAUUUAUGGAAAUUGCUGCUUCGCUACGCGACGAUCAACGAUAUGGAAAAGAAAGUCAACGAAAUUUUCGAUAAAGGAACGCAGAUGUUAAAAGAGAAUUCUUUGCCUUUGUGGUUUAUGUAUUUGCGUUACUACGGUUUGUUGGCGAAAGAUGACGUCAUAGACAGUACAUACCGUAAAGCUCUAACGCAGCCACCUGAAAUUUCUCAAGUGCUUAAACCGAGAUAUAUUGAAUGGUUGGCUCUUCAGAAAGGUAUAAAUGAUGCGCGAAAAAUGUAUAAUGUGCUAGCAAAUCAAGAACCGUUCUGCAAAGAGUUACACUCUACAAUGUCCAAAUUGGAGUCAAUGGAAAUCCAACAUGAUUAUAAAGUAUGGGCUUGCGUUCAUCAAUUGGCCUGCAAGCAAUUUGGGCGAGAGGAUGUCGAUGUGUGGAUUAAUCAUAUUUUGUUUUAUUUGCAUUUUAAUAAAACGGACAGUGUUAAUGAGAACGUGCAACGAAUUUAUAGGGAUGCGGAAAAUACUCUUACUCCCUUGUUGCUACCGGAUUUUAAAGAGAGAUAUGAAAAAGCGCUUUCUGAAUUGUAAUUGUACAUUUUCAGUCAUGCAGUGAAUGUGUGUAUUUUUUCAAUAAACAGUUAUAAAUGAA